UCCAGAGCAAAGGUUCUGCAAAGAUGGCACUAAAGAUACAAUUUAUACUCUUAGCCGCUUUGGUCUUUGUCACUUUGGCCAGCACCAGCGUACAUGCGGCCGAUGCAACAACACCUGACUCGACCGAAUAUUAUGAUGACGACAGUACAGACGCUCCAACAUAUACAUCCUCCGAUGGAAACUCUUCAGGGGGAAGUACAGACGAUCCAGCAUAUUACUCUGAUGAUGAUUCCACCGAAACGUCGACAGACGCUCCAGCUGGAGACGACACCACUGAGGAUCCAGUAGAUGAAUCUACCACAAACAAUUCAUCCAGCAUAGGAACACCUGUAAAAAGAAGAGUGGUUAGAAGACGCAGACGCGUUACUGUUUCCCCACGUGUUCGUAGAAGAAGAAGGACCACUCGCCGUAUUCCUCUUAGAAGGCGUACUGCAAGAAGAAGAGCUGCCGUGAGAGCAAUAGUACCUCGCAGAGCGGUAGUACCUCGCAGAGCAGUAAUACCUCGCAGAGCAGUAGUACCACGCAGAGCAGUAGUACCUCGCAGAGCAGUAGUACCUCGCAGAGCAGUAGUACCUCGCAGAGCAGUAGUACCACGCAGAGCAGCCAAUAGGAGAGGAGUAGUUCGAAGACAAGGAAGAAGAGGUUAA